CAAGUGGGCAGGGCUGCUGCUGGGCAACGCGGUUAUUUUGCCAGGCGGAGUAAAGCGGCUAAUCCGUGCCUGGAGAAACAGUCAUGUGCACUGAGAGGGGCAUGAUUCACUCAGGUAUUACAUAUCUACUCCCGCACACUUGUGGAUCGGAGACCUUUCUUCUCGUCAGCUAAUCGUGUUAGAGAAGGAGGCUAAACGGGAGUGACACGGACCGCUUGGGAUGACUUUCUGUACGGGAGAGUAGUGGACGUCUGGCCGAAGACGCCGUCACGGACAUACGGUGGGGUUAAAACCCGAAACCGGGACGGAACCGAUGAGGAACUGACGGUCGGGGAAGCGUGUUAAACGCCGUGAACUUCCUCCCGGGAGCCAGACGACCAGACUAGCCAUGGGGCACGCGGCUCGUGUGGAGGAGCUUACGCUACAAGAGGCGAUACUUCAGGGGAUGUUCAGCCAGGUGAGAGAGAUGGUGGAGGAGGGAGGCAUGCCGGUGAGCAGGCGGGACCAGGAGGGCCGCACGCCGCUCAUCUGCUGUGCCCUGUGCCUCCGGCAAGACCUUGGUAUUGGCAUGGCUAAGAUGCUACUAGAACACGGUGCUAGAGCCGGGCCUGUGGACAGGGCGGGGAGGAACGCGCUCAGCUACGCGUGUUCAUCGGGAUCUGAGGGGCUCGUCGACGUUCUGCUUGGCGCUGCUGACUUUGACUUGAACAGGAAAGACCGGCAGGGAAGGACGGCCUUGUUUCACGCCGCGUCUAAAGGAAGGACGGACAUUGUGAGGAAACUGGUGGGGAGGUUACUGCGGUACGACCAGCCGGUCAAUGUCAGGGACAUGGCCGGGGUUUCCCCGCUUCUGGAGGCGGCUAAAAAUGGACAUUCAGGGGUGAUCGACGUCCUGAUUAAGGAAGGAAACGUCGAACCGACACCUAAGGAAGAGACGUACCUUUUGACGAGUAAGGAGGAAUACAACUUAGUGAAGGUGCACAGGGCAAAAUUCUUAAGACACAGAAACUGUUUUAGAGACGUUGUCGAGAAGCCUACACCGCCGUCGAGGGCGCAGAGUGCACCCAGUAAGGCACGAGAACCCGUCGGGAUCAGGCCGGGGAGCAGCCGCCCGCCCAGCGCAAUGUUACUCCUCCGACCAAAGACAGCGCCCAACCGUAUCGACCUCCCGACCCCCUCCCCCUCUGGUAGCUUUGACUGGCGGUCGAUUAGGCCACGGACGAGUUGGAGAACUGAGCUGCAGGAUCUGUACAGAGUACUUGAGGUCCAAAUCUCUCCGUCGUACCGGAAAAGCGCGGUCCCUCCGCCCAAGGUGCCGACCCCGCCGCCGAGCGAGAGCGGUGACAGCGAGUCGGACGCCCUGUCAGACCGUGGCAGGAGGAAGGGCAUAUCGACCGGCGGGACCUCGGCGAAAGAUUCAUUCAAGCGCCGAGCAUCUCUGCUGGGAGGUACGCUGAGCAGAACGAAACGAGGGUCUCUUCCCGUGGUGCCAACGAUUGAGCUCCCGGAGGAAAAGGAAGAACCACUGUCUGCCAUACAGAAGUUUAAGAAGAGAGGCUCCAUGUCCGUUAGAACAACUAUUCUAUCAGCUAAACUGAAAGACUUGGAAGGGAAGGGUACGAAAGAUGGAACAGAUACUAGAGCGUUGUCAAGUCGUCGCGGGUCUCGCGACCCUGACGCGUCCUCAUCGGACGACAACAGGAGGCCGAGGUCCGCCAGGUCGAAGAGAGGGUCGAAAGACUCGGAUGACGAGACGAAGGAGAACCGUGACAGAAGUGACAGUUUCCGACUCGACCCUGCCAAGCUCGCGAAACCCAAGCGAGGUUCCAUCUCUGUACAGACGGACAACAGGAACGACUCAGUUCCAAGAGAAAAGUUGACAGUAAGCCCACCCAAGCUGACACUGAGCCCUCCAAAGAACGACGCCACAAACAAGCGUAUCUCCGCCCCGGCCCUGCUCAGGAACAAUUCUAACGUAGAUAUAGACGAACAGGCGGCGGUACAGUUUGGAUUUACUGAGGCGACACUGAAACACUUACAGACUCUCGCUGACGAGGCGCUGCUUCACGGAGACAGCGUGUUCUCAGACACGGAGUCGUACUAUAACGGCGUCUCUACACCCAGAAGACUGUCCACAGUCACAGAGAUCGAAGAUUAAGAAGUCAUCCCAAGAAAUUGAGAAGACACCGUCUGAACUUCUUAAACACUAUGACACGUCUUGGCAGAUGUGAAAUAUGCUACAGGUAGAUCACAUAGUUGAUAUAGAAUAGUUUCUAUUUUUUAUGCUUUGCUGAUAUACGUAUAUUAUUGGAGCUGUAUUGAAGCGUGUGCAAUUUAGCAUGACACUACUUAAAAUGUCAAAUUAUCCCAUGGACGAAAACUCAAGAGAAAUGGCUGUCAGUUUUCGGUUCAUCAGUCGGAAAUCCCGCUUACAUUUCUUUUCUUGUUAAACAAAUAUCAACAGAUCAUUUGAAAUCCCAUGUUAUGUCACAACAUCGUGUUGCCCCGUCACAUUACAGCUAAACAACCCGCUUACGGCCGACAUUCCUCAGUUCGAAUGGGAAACUAAGCUGUGUGUUAUCCCCGAUAAUUAGAACAUUCCGCUUGUCACAGUUCACGUGUUGUACUAACAAAGUCAGACGGCACGGAAUAACGACAACCCCAAGCUUAAGGCAUUCUCAUACAAACAAGGCUCUGUAGUCCAGGUCCCCUUUUGUUGUGUUGUUAAGGAGUCGGAGGGUUGUUGCAGCGUCUGACCGUGUUGUGUGAGACUUAUGUACGGUAACCAGCGGGGCAUGACAGGCGGGGGACCGAUCAAACAGUCCCGGCAAACAUUUAACGACGCUACGGAAAAACACGCCUCGGCACACCUGGUUUGUUCUGAUAAAACCGCGGCUAUUGUAUCGUUGCAAAUUUUGAUCAAAAAGAUAUAGGGAUAUUUGGAAAAUCGUCCAGUUGAGGGUAGGAACAUUUCUAUAUCAUACGUAUUCAUUCGACACUUUUCACCAAUAUAUUACGGGAAAGCCUUUCAAAAAGAAUGUUUAAUUAAGUGUGCGGCAAUAGACAGUAUUGAAUACAGUCGUAUACAUGUCAAAAUCCUGCAGCGGCUUUAAAUUUCUGUCAUUACCAACAUAUGGCGCCUCGCUGUUAAAGCCCAAUUCGGCACGCAUCUACCAUAAAAUCCACCCCAUAUAGCUUAUUGGAUUUGCUGUACUUGGUAUCCAGGGAGGGGUCAACGUCCAUGAGGUCACACAAAAGGCAACACACCUGUUUGAACGUUUUCACAGCGCCUUGUACAGUCAACACUUCCUUGUUUGUGCCGAAGUGUCCUGCCAUAUAUCUAUCACAGGUACGAACACCUGGUUUUUGUUCCUUGAACAGGUAAAAAAACACCGCCCAGGUGUUCGAUGUUUCUGUCACAUAAAUCUUUCAACACCUCUUUGAAGACGAGAAGUUUCUAAUGGUCGGUAACAGUUUGUUUACACGGUAAAUAACCCGGGCUGUUUACUUCUUUGCUCGGCACAAAGGAAAACAAACACUUAUUCAAAUUCUUAAGACAAGACAUCGCUUAGUCAUUCAAAACAUGUCGUCAUAGAUUUAUUUCAACUAAUGACUCGUACAAAUUGUAAGUGCCAGUUCACAUGGGUACAUUUAUACAUUAAGUUUUGUUUUGUAAACCUCAGAUACUAGACACUAGUAAGUGAGUAUACAAGACAUAGUUAAGAUAGUUAAGAUAGAUAUGAUAAAGUUUUUGUGAAGAUGAUUAAGUUCUUGUGCAAUGGUAUCAGUAAUUUUGCGGCUCACACUGUCUUAACAAGUUUACAUCAUACAUCGUACAUUAUAUAAUGACAAUGCAAAUUUUCAUAUAGCAUUAUUUAAAAAUCAAUAUCAAAUGAUUUACAUUUAUGUUUGAUGACAAUGGAUUGAUUUUUAUAAAAUAUCAAGCUUUGUUGCAUAAGCCAUACAAAAUGUGUUGAUAGGAUUUUUCUUACAUUUAUAGUACUCGUCAUUUUUUUUUCACUUUUGGUUCCUACGCAUCUGUUCUUGUAUCAAAUCAUAUCUUUCAUAUGACGCAAUGCCAAAUGAUUUUAUCAAUGUAAUAAAAAAAGUCACUAUUUUAUAAUGUUGUUGUUUUUCUUUACGACCUAUGUCGCUCUUCUAAUGCGAAAGGAGUAAUAUAUUCUAAGUUUUAUUCCGCUCAUACGAGUAGUCGUCUGAAUUUACAAGGGAAAAGAAAGUACAUAACAGGAAAUAAUUGCUUUGUCUUGCUAUCGUAAGUGAAUCUAGACCAUAACGAUCACGUCUUAAAGAAAUGUCCGACACUGUCGGGAACUUGUCGUGGAAAGGUUCUGGCGGUUGCUGCCCCAGCGACCAUCCGUAGUGAAGUACUAUAACACGCUGAGUGAGCGUUUCCCUCUUGAAACAGUUUUACUUUCAGUCACCGGAAACGGUAUAAAAAAAGAAACACGUCAUCACAGGUGUAUACAGUACGUGUACAGUUCUAAAUGUCUUAGUGUGUGAAAGAAAUGCAAGAGGAGGAAAGGAAGGAAGGCCGCAAAAGCUUGUAAGUGUUU